GAAAGCGAUGAGUAAGAGGUGACUCAACAUCCCACUACUAUAAGACACACCGAUGGUGGCCCCAACAGUGGACACACUCACCACCAAAAGCCGCAAAAAAACACAAUGGACUGCAUCACCUUGGCCAUUCUGGUGUCCGUCUCCCAAAUGUGGGGCGCGGUCAUAGCAGCCCCCAUGUCGGCGGAGGCCAUCAGGAUGAAAGCUACGGUGGAAGGGAGGUCCAAGCAGCUGGUGGCCAAGAUCAAUAAAAUCCAGGUUCCUCCUGGCAUGACGCUGACGCCGCCGGCCGACAAACUGGAUGGGCUCUCCUCGGUGGUGACGCUCCUAGACGGCUACGAGAAGCUCAUCUCAGACUCUCUGAACGCGUCUCAGGUGAAGGCCGAGAUCUCGUGGCUGAAGGGUUACCUCGGUCAGUGGAAGAAGGGUCGCUGUGGAGAGACCAAGGUCAACAGAACGUCAGCCGCAGGUGGCGCGCUGCAGCGGCUGCAGAGUCAGCGAGGCUUCGUCCUCACCGUCGGCAUCGAGGCUCUGAUCAGAGUCAAGGACAUCCUCACACGGCUGUUGCAGAACAUGGCGAACCUGGACAAAUGCUGAGCUGGAAACUCCAAAAUGCACAUUUGGUUCAUUGAAGACUCAAAAACAGAGCUGUCUAAAUUGAAGGAUGCCAUGUUUAUUUAUCCAUUCUUCUUCUUUAAUUUAUAUUAGGACGUUAAAACCAGAUCAUAGUGUUCAAUGUGUCACUCAACACUUCUUUUUCCGUUUGACUACAUACGGACACAAUUGAGGCCAUCAACUUUGGACAGCUUAGGGCUUUGCAGUUUAGAACAACCUGAAGUCGGUACAGGUAAAGCUUUAUUACUCUCCCAACAGUCACUAAAUUCCGCUUUUGUUGCGUUCCAGUGUAACCCUCCGGGUUAAGAUCUUCCCUGGCUUUAUAUGAACGCCUGCUAAGGAAGUUCACCGACUUUCAUCAGUGGCGGCAGUUUGUCAACCGUUGAACUGCAGUCAGGGAAAGCAAAACUACUUGCCAGAAACUGCAAAGCCUAUAUAGUCAAAUGCAGAUGGCCUUGCAUCCGUGCAAAUGAUAUCUGAAACAGGGGCACAAAAAUGGAUUUUGGCAUCGUUCACAUUCAUGGCUACCAACAAUUGAGAGUUUUCAAUGAGGCUAAUGAGCAUGUUUGUGAAAUGUGGGAGGAAGCCGGAAAAAAGUCACGCAAAGACAGGUAGUACACGCAAACGCCAAGCAGGAAAGCUGUAGCCCGUAGUCAAACCCAGAACCUCAGAAGUGUGAGACAGAUGUGCUAACCACCAUUCUUAUUUAAAUACUGGGAAUUUAUUUAUGUCAACAUCCACCACCAGCUCUUCCAAUACUGCUAUUUAUCGCCUUCAAAUGUGCAUUUUGUAUAUUUUUGUACUGUAUUUGCUUUUUUAAAACCUAUUUAAGAAAAAAUAUAUGAAAUAAAGUGUC